AUGGCAAAGACUCAGGCUUAUUUCGUGCAGUUUUGGACUCAGGUUCUUCAGUGCUUCGUGGGGCUAUAUCACCGCCUCCAGAAAUGCUGGGGUGUCGUGAAGGGCUUCUGCACUACGAACGAGGAAGAAUACAUCCCUCCAGCUGAGAGUAUUUUUCAUAAAGAAAAAAUUCUGAUGCUUGGCAAUAUUUUGACGGAUAAUUCUCUAGCCCUUGAACAGAGAGCUCAAGCUGCCUAUAGAAUUGGACUGCUGGCCUUUACAGGAGGACCCACUGCUGGAAAUUUUGCAGCUGAGUACAUGAAAGAAGUAGCUCACUUGUUGCAAAAUUAUGAGAUGGUACCAAAAAUAAAGAUCCUGCUGCUCCAAAGUGUCGCAUCUUGGUGUUACUUAAACCCUGUCAACCAGAGAAGAGCCAAACAUUUGCAGUUUAUUCCUAUUCUCAUUGAUCUUUUUAAUGACACAUCUGAGUCUACAAUGAAAAGUGAAACAAACAGCAGCCUCCUGGUUAAAUUCUGGGGUUGCUAUGUUCUCUCUGUCAUGACAUGCAAUAACUUGCCUUGCAUGCAGGAGCUUAAACACUGCAGUUCUCUGAAAUAUCACUUGCAAAUACUGGCCAGUGAGAAUUGGUCUGGAUGGCCUGAGAAUUUUGCAGAGGUGCUAUAUUUCCUCAUUGGUUUCCACAGGCAUUAAUUUCU